UACAUCUCUGCCAUUUGCAAGAGGGCCAACACUUGCAUCAGCGUGUGUGGACAACGCUUACCGGCAAAGUUACUACCAGCUGCUGCUUGUGUUGUUUUAAAUCAAAAAUAUAUUGUUACCACUUAGGCCAAGUCAGUCCCGAUAUAACAUUGUAGCUACAAACAUCCAGAUGAAGCUUUUCGUCAGUGAAGGCAACCCGCACUGCCUGAAAGUGUUAGCAGCUGUAGAAGUGAGUGGAGUUCAGUGUGACGUCCAGUAUGUCAACCACGAAGAGAGAGUGGUGCCCUUCCUUAGCCGUCCAGCCCUGCCUGCCCUUCUCCUGCCUAGUGGACUGCACCUUUUCAGCUCCAAUGCCAUCUGCCGAUACCUGUUUGAAGUAAGUGGAAAAGACUCUAGUGAACUUUGCAAUCAGUGGCUUGAAUGGGAGGCCACAGAUCUUCAGCCUGCUCUGCUACAGGCCCUUCACUUGGCAGUGCUGCAGGGAAAAGGUUCAGAGGUGUCCAAGGUCCUCCAGGGGCCACUAAACUACAUGGAACAAAGCCUGAGCAAGGGGAACACGCCAUAUUUAACCGGGGAAGCUGUUUCAGUUGCUGAUGUUGUUUUGUGGGCUGCGCUGUACCCUGUUUUAUCUGACGCUUCACUAGCAUUGGGCGAACGUGCGUCUGUUAACGCCUGGUUUGACCGUGGGGCUGUUAUGCACAGUUGCCAGUCUGCCGCUCAGAAAGUGCUGCAGGGAAAAGGCCUGCCGGGCAUGAAGAGCUACAUGCAGAGGCAGCCUGCCCCCCAGAGCAGCCAGUGCAGAGACACACAACCAUGCAAUGGAAACCCAGCUGAGAGUGAGGAAGGUGAGCGUGCGGUCUCAGCAGAAGAGAUGGAGGCAGCUGCUCUUACCUGGAGUAAAGGUUUGAACACCUGCCCAGUGGCUACAGACAGACAGCAUCCCAUUUUACCACAGGAAGGCAAGCGAAACAUCAUGGUCACCAGUGCCUUGCCUUACGUCAACAACGUCCCCCACCUGGGCAACAUCAUCGGCUGCGUCCUCAGCGCAGACGUCUUCAGCAGAUAUGGCCGCCUGCGAGGCUGGAACAUGCUGUUUAUCUGUGGCACAGAUGAGUAUGGCACAGCUACAGAGAACAAGGCCAGAGAGGAGGGUCUGACACCGCAGCAGAUCUGCGACAAGUACCAUGCCAUUCACUCAGACAUCUACAAGUGGUUCCAGAUUGACUUCAACUUUUUUGGCAGAACCACCACCGAAAAGCAGACGGAAAUCGCCCAGGAUAUCUUUUGGAGAAUCCACAAGCAUGGUUUUCUAGUGGAAGACAUAGUGGAGCAACUACGGUGUGAAAAGUGCCAGCGCUUCCUCGCUGACCGCUUCGUAGAGGGCGUCUGUCCCCACUGCAGCUACCCAGAAGCUCGUGGUGACCAGUGUGACAAGUGUGGGCGGCUGAUCAAUGCUGUGGAGCUCAGGGAACCCCAGUGUAAGGUCUGCAAACAGACUCCAGUCAUCCGCACCUCCAAACAUCUUUUCCUGGACCUGCCAAAGCUAGAGGCUCAGUUGGAGCAGUGGCUGGAUAAGUCAACUAGCACCGGUGACUGGACGGCAAAUGCCAAACAGAUCACUCGCUCCUGGAUGAGAGAUGGACUCAAACCUCGCUGCAUCACUAGGGACCUGCGGUGGGGAACGCCAGUACCUCAUCCUGACUUCAAAGAGAAGGUGUUCUACGUGUGGUUUGACGCCCCCAUUGGUUAUCUGUCUAUUACUGCUAACUACACCGACCAAUGGGAGAAGUGGUGGAAGAAUCCUCAUCAGGUAGAGCUGUACAACUUCAUGGCCAAAGACAAUGUGCCAUUCCACAGUGUGGUGUUUCCCUGCUCCCUACUGGGAGCUCAGGACAACUACACUCUGGUCAACCACCUCAUUGCCACUGAGUAUCUGAAUUACGAGGACACUAAGUUUUCCAAGAGCCGUGGUGUGGGUGUGUUUGGAGACAUGGCCAAGGACACAGGCAUCCCGUCUGAUGUGUGGCGGUUCUACCUCCUCUAUGUGCGUCCAGAGGGACAGGACUCUGCCUUCUCCUGGGCGGACAUGGCUCUGAAGAACAACUCUGAGCUGCUCAACAACUUGGGCAACUUCAUUAACAGAGCUGGCAUGUUUGUUACCAAGUUCUUUGAGAGCUGUGUGCCUGCGAUGGAGCUACAGCAGGAAGAUAAGAAGCUCCUGGCUCUGGUGGGCUGGGAGCUGCAGCAGUACAUCCAGCUCCUGGACAAAGUCAAAAUCCGUGAUGCUCUGAGACACAUCCUGAACAUCUCUCGCCAUGGCAACCAGUACAUUCAGCUCAAUGAACCCUGGAAGAAGAUCAAGGGAGGAGACACAGAAAGGCAGCGUGCGGGAACAGUCACCGGUGUGUCUGUGAAUAUCGCCUGCUUGCUGUCAGUGAUGAUGCUGCCAUACAUGCCGACAGUCAGCCAGACCAUCAGGGAUCAACUCAAUGCCCCUCAGUCUUGUGUCAACACCAUGUUGCAAGGCACCGGCACCUUUGUAUGUUCCCUGAGUGCCGGCCACCGCAUUGGCACUGUCAGUCCGUUGUUCCAGAAACUGGAGGUGGACCAGAUUGAGGCUUUGAAGAAGAAAUUUGGCGGACAGCAGCCUGAAGAUGAACCACCUAAAAAAAAGACAGCAACUCAGAGCGCUGGCAGCACCCCGCCUGCCACUGUGCCAGCUCCUGCUGCUCCUGCUGUUGAGGUGGCGGCAGUGAUCGGAGCGGACCCAGAAAAAGCCAAGCAGCUCACUCUGGCUGUGGCUGAGCAGGGGGAGAAGGUGCGAGAGCUCAAAGCCCAGAAAGCGGAGAAGGCCGCGAUCACAGCAGAGGUGGCCAAACUGUUGGACCUUAAGAAACAGCUGGCUCUGGCUGAGGGGAAGAGCCCUGCACCUGCACCUCAGAAGGGCAAGAAGAAGUGAGACAUGGAAAGACAAAGGGAAAGCUAAAUGAUGGAGGCUAGUGUCAGGAAGGGAAGAGUAGAAUGGUUUGAGGUAUGAUUGCAGGGAAACAGGAACAAGAUGUACACCAAGAGAGAUGUGAGGGUAUUAGCUUAAGGCAAAGCCGUGACAGGAUCUAAGACAAUGUGGUAUUGGCACUGAGGACUAAUGAAAUUCUGGAUAGGCCGACGGGGAAAUGAAAACACACAAAGAGAGAGUCAAAUGAAUACAGCUACAGAAUGGAGGGAUUUUUCCAAAUCCCCACACAAAAGAAACUGAUUUUAUACUCUGCCUGUGAUAGUCAGCAUACCAUAUUAGCGUUGGAAGGUGUGUUGCGCAUUUAAAGAUUUUUUUUAUAUCCUCUUGAAAAUGUUGUUUUUCCUUUUGCUACAAAUACCCUUUUUGGAUUCAGAAAAUAAAUUGAUUUAAUUUCAUCUGAAAAUUACUCCCUAAAACCUUUUCUCAAUUACCACUAUUUUUCUAAUAAACGGAAAUAAAAAACGGAAACAAAUAAACAAUUCAUGACACAAAA